GCAGUGUGUGUAUGUAUGCAUUGUGUUUCCAUUAUUCCUACAACCUGUAGCCGGCGAGAAUUGCCGUUUUGUAUUGUAACAAUUACAUUAUUAAUAAUAUUUCGUACAACGACCGGUUCCUUCUUAACCCUACCACAAUUCCAAUGUUUGCUCGCGCGCAAAGUCCGUAAGUUGAAUGUGCAAAGUCGAGCGGAGUUACUCGAAAUCCAUUCAUCGUGUAUUACCUACUGAAAACAAUAAGGAUGCAUACCGCAUUUGUAACAAUCAACAAAGUGCCCACAAAGGUGACCACCUGGGGUAAAUGGGUUGAGGAGAGCUUCGACAGUGAAAAGGAGAAGGAUCUGAUCAUCUGCAUUCCGGGCAAUCCUGGUUUCACCCAAUUCUAUUAUAGAUUCCUGGAGACUUUACACCAGCAAUUGGGUUGGCCCAUUUGGAUUGUGAGCCAUGCCGGACAUGAACGCCCAGAGAAUGAAAACCUAUACAACAUUCCUAAUAUCAAGGAGAACAAGGAUCUGUACAACUUGAGUGGCCAAAUUAAGCAUAAGAUGGAGUUCUUUGAAAAGAUGGUUCCUGGAGAUGUAAGGCUGCAUUUGAUUGGACAUUCGGUUGGUACAUACAUCAUCACUGAGCUGAUGAAGAAUCCUUCAAUAUCGUCGCGAGUUGUUAAAAACUAUAUGCUGUUUCCUACUCUCGAAGACAUCGCUCUCACACCGAACGGCCGUUUCUAUACAAGCAUCGUCCAUCACAUAGUACCGAUAAUUCUGUUCCUCACCUGCAUAUUCCAGAUGUUACCAAUAUUCCUUCAGCACUUCUUGGUCGGUAUAUAUACGUGGGUGGUGGGAGCCGAAGACUUCCAGAUACCUAACAUAUGCAACCUGAUUCACCCCAGGGUUCUGCACAAAAUAUUCUUCAUGGCAUCAGACGAAAUGGUGACGCUGAAGGAGAGGAACACGGAUGUCAUCAAGCAGCAUAUCAAGAAGUACAAGUUCUACUUCGGUGGUAACGAUAAUUGGGCGCCGGUCAGCUACUGCAAGAAACUGCAAGACGAUAUACCGGAUGUGGAUGCGGAAGUCUGCAAGAUGCGUUUUCCUCACGCAUUUGUGCUGACUUCGUCCAUCCCAGCUGCGGUUAUGGUCGCCCAGUGGAUGCGCCAGAAAAAUUAAUUUAUUUUAUACUGUGAUUAAUUG